AUGGAAAAAGAUUUAUUGGUAAAUGUUUUGUUAAAGAAUGGAUUCUCAAAACAAGCUAUUUUUGACUAUGUCCAAGGUGGUUCGGAUGAACAAGAGAAACGUUUCCGUUGGAAUGAAGUCAUUGUUAAGCCAGAGGUGAUGGCUGGCAAUGGAUAUUUAGAUUUGUUAAAGGAUUAUUUCCAAGUCUGUCCAGUUGAAGAAAUGAAUGUAGAAGUUAUUAAUGUUAUUUUUUCGAAUGCAGCCGACGGUGGAUUCAAGGAAAUCAUUGUAUAUAUGAUCGAAGAUUUGAAAUUGGAGCCGACUGGACCAUUCAAUAUAAUCUAUGAUAUUGCCUAUGAGACUAGUACACAUCCAAUCAGUGUUGAGCGCAAAUUAGAUAUCAUCAAAUAUCUCGAUGGCUUGGGACAUGACUACAACUACACCCACGCUGUAUUUAGAUCGGUCUCUGAAACCAACGAUAUCGCACUUCUCAAACAUGCUCUUGAAAAAUAUAGCACCUAUGUCCUCCCUAAUGACUCAACUUUCUUUGGUGCUCCCAAUGUUUUCAACUUAGCCGCCAGAUGUGGACGUGUUGACAUGAUCGAAUUGAUGGACGCUGUCUUUCCUCAGUUUAGAGAUAAUCACGAUAUGUUCAUGGAAGCAGUCAUGAGCAACAAAGUUCCAGUUUUGGAAUAUCUAUUGUCCAAAUAUCAAAUCCCACAGGAAGAGUUUAAAUAUGAUAGAGUAAUGGAUAUUGCAGCACAGUUUGGAAGCUUUGACGUUUUGAAAUGGCUUCACCAACAAAACUAUGGUACAUGCACUAAUCAAGCAAUAGACAAUGCAUGCAGUACCGGAAAGCUAGAAAUAGUUCAAUGGUUGCAUGAGAAUAGAACUGAAGGUGCUUCAACCGAUGCUAUGGAUAAUGCUGCACAUUCCUGCCACUUGGACAUUGUGAAAUGGUUGCACGAGAAUCGUACUGAAGGUUGUUCUGACAGAGCAUUGUCACGUUUGGAUGAUAAAACUAGAUUGGAUAUUGUUAUUUGGUUCCAUGAGAAUAGACCAGAGGGAUUUUCAUAUGAAGCGAUGGAUGGAGCAGCUUUUGAUGGAGCUUUGACAAUUCUAAAGUGGUUGCACGAGAAUCGUACUGAAGGUUGCACAACCGAGGCAAUGAACUAUGCCGCUUGCAACGGUCAUUUAGACACUGUUAAAUGGCUCCAUGAUAAUCGUACUGAAGGAUGCACUGAGACCGCUAUGGAUUUGGCGACUAUUGGCGGUUUCGUUGAUAUUUUAGCAUGGUUAAAAGAAAAUAGAACUGAAGGAUAUACCCCAGAGGAAGAGGGAGAGUAUUUGAUCAACAAAAUAUGCACACUUCCCAAUAUGGAAGCCAAAGUAAAGUUCGAACUUGUCAAGUGGUUGCAUGAGAACAGAACUGAAGGAUGCACCACUGAGGCUGUAGAGUACGCCGCAGCCGAUGGUAACUUGGAUUUGGUAAAGUUUUUGUUGGAAAAUAGAACUGAAGGAUGCACAUCCUUGGCAAUGGACUAUGCUAGUUCCAAUGGACACCUAAAGGUUGUUAAGUACUUACACGAGAAUAGAAGUGAAGGAUGUUCUUCCAAGGCCAUGGACAAUGCAACUGAAAAUGGCCACUUGGAUGUAGUUCAAUUCUUAUCAGAGAUGCGUACUGAAGGUUGUUCAGAGUAUGCCAUUUCCCUUGCUACAGUUAGCCCAUACAGGAAGGAUUAUCUAAAGUAUUUACGUCUUGGACCAGAGCAUGGAGGAGAAGUUCUAGUUCGUGAAAAAGUUCAAGCUCCAGCUCAAGUAAAAGCAUCAGAGCCAGAUGUAGUUGUUCCAACUCCAAAGGUAGAGGAAAAACCAAUUGCUGUCAAGCCAGUUCCAGUGGAUCCAGUAGCUGUUGCUGUCAAGACCACUGAGAAGAAACCAGUCGUGAACAAUGUGUCCCAACCAAAACCAACUACCUCUCCAACAGUUGUUCAAAAGGUAGAGUCAUCUUCUCAAUCAGACCAAAUCAAAGAUAUUGUCCAGGCAAUCAAAGACAAAGCAAACAACGACAAGAAUUUGGAUCCAGCCAAACUUGAACAAUAUUUAGACGAUGCCAGUUUCUUGAUUGUUCUCUCGCAAUCAAAGGAAGAAUUUGAAAAGCUUCCAAAGUGGAAGCAAUCUGCCAAAAAGAAAGAAGUUGGUUUAUUCUAA